GUAGGGGUCUGGCACAGCGGAGCAAUUGCCGUAACGCUUCGGGUUUAACUUUUACGGAACGCCCUGGCCAGUUUCGAACUUACGGUGGUUGCGCGCGCACGGGUUUUACGCUUCUGGCUCCUGCUACCUGUUACCAGAACAUAAGUGUAUCCAUUUAGAAGGGUGUCUGCGGGACACGGAUAAACGGAUAUUACCGGUGCUGCAGUCUAGCCAUUAUCGGCUCCCUAAUCGACUGUUCCGACUACCGAGUGUUUGGUGUUCACUCAUGUGUGGUCUGAAUUUGGGAAACCGGCGACGGCAACAGACGAAACGAGAGUUAGGGUUUGCAUAAUUGGAUUUUAAGUAGAUUUUCAUAUUCCAAAAGUGAAGUGAGCAGUGUUGGCAUUGCGAUUCGACUCAAUUCAAAGUUUCAUCACUCCCAUCGAAACAUUCAUAUCAAAGAAGGAUUCGGUUUUGUGAACAGUAUUCCACGUUGGAUUGACUGAGACAAUAAUUUUCUAGUUGUGUUUGGAAACCUGUUGAUCCUGCAGGGCGUUGACGAUUCAAAAUGGGCGCUGGAAGUGUGUUCACGUGUUUUGUCCAGCCGCAAAAUGAUGCGUGAUCGCAUCCCAGUACCAGUGCCUGCCUACCUGACGACGACUAGAACGAAAUAAACCCAUUUUUUGCCAACUCGGUUGUUUUGCGAAAUUUGAAAGCCUCACGGACCUCACCAGCAUUAAGCAUUAAAGUGAAACUCACCCAACUUGCUGAAAGUGAUUGUACUGCAAAGCUCUAAUCCGACCUGUGAAGACAAGUGCAAUUUCGGAGUUUUACAAUCCACCACCACUAACGGUUCAAUCACCACGAUCAGUGCUCAAUUAGUUCAAACCAAUACGUAUUAGUAAGUGAAGCCACUGCCGUGAGUUUGUCGGAGUGUUUAUUGCGGUGGUUAAUUGCAGCAACCAGCGAAUGCAAACCCCAACGACUUAGAAAAAAGAAAUUUGACGAAAUAAGUGACCGUCGAAUUGCUUUGCUGCGUGCGCGCCCAUCGAAUUGGUAUUCAAUUGCGAUAAGUUGUUGCGCAGGUGGUGCGGUGAAUGUGUAUGAAGGCGGAGAAAAUCGAUUAAAGAGUCCCAACAACGAAGACACCGACAACGAUUUCGUCCAUUAAAACUAGACAGCAGGAAUUUGUAUGACUUUACGACCCCCGGGACGACCACGACGACGUCGACAAAGAAAAUCCUUUUCGAAGUGGAGGUGCAUUUCUUGUGAUACUACACCGGGGUGCUGUGUUCUGGUUUUGGAAAUUUUCGAACCCGUCCCCUUCGGUGGCUGGUCAGAGUGUUGGUAAGGGAACCGAGAAGACGACCAGCGAGGAGCGUUGCAAGUGAGUCAGUGCAGCAAAAAGUAUCGAAAAACCAAAAACGGAGAACGGUGGGCACCUGCUGUGCAGAACUCAUUCAAGAUGUCUUGUGGUAUCUCCUGCGUCGACAAUGCUCUCAACCGUACGUUUUACAAGUUGGGCACCUUCAUCGGUCGACAUCCGGGCUAUUUCGUCAUAGUGCCGGUGCUGCUGACACUGCUUUGCAUGACCGGCUACCAACAGAUUCGCUAUGAAAUCGACCCCGAGUACCUGUUUUCUCCGAUCCGCGGCGAAGGCAAAACAGAACGUGCCAUCGUCGAGAACUACUUCAAGGUCAACUACACUCACCGGUUCAACGUGGGCCGCAUCACUCGGCCGGGUCGAUUCGGUCGAGUGAUUAUCGUUUCCAAGGAUGAGGACAAAAAUCUACUGAGGAGUGAAGUUUGGAAAGAACUUCGGCAGCUCGAUGGGAUUAUUCAGAAUACAACCGUCCACUACGAUGGUGAUACGUUCACCUAUCGGGAUAUGUGCGCCCGAUGGGAAAACGAGUGCUUCCUAAACGACAUCCUGAAUCUGGAUCAGAUAAUUGGAGAGGUUGAAGCCGGCGAGCUGAACCUGACCUUCCCGGUCAUGUUCAACCCAGUUACAUGGGACGCGCAUGUUUUUCCUAUAUUCUUCGGCGGGACGCAGGUUUCCGAGGACAACAUCAUCAUCUCGGUGCCGUCGCUGCAGAUGGUGUACUUCGUGACGGCCGACUCCAAGCGGCAGGACGCGCGCGGUGCCGCCUGGGAGGACGCCUUUCUCGACGCGGUCGGUUACGCGGAAGAUAACGGCGUGUUCAAGCACAUUGCGGUCGCACGGUUCGCGUCGCGUACGCUCGAUCACGAGCUCGAACGGAACACCAGAACGGUCGUGCCGUACUUCAGCUCGACUUUCAUCCUGAUGGCGCUCUUCAGUGUUGUGACGUGUAUGAUGGGUGAUGUGGUGCGGUCCAAACCGUGGCUGGGGCUGAUGGGUAACGUGUCGGCGGUGAUGGCGACGCUGGCCGCGUUCGGGCUGGCCAUGUACCUUGGCAUCGAGUUCAUCGGCAUCAAUCUGGCGGCACCGUUUCUAAUGAUCGGAAUCGGUAUUGACGACACGUUCGUGAUGCUCGCCGCCUGGCGACGCUCGUCGGUGAAACUGUCGGUGCCGGAGCGCAUGGGCCACAUGAUGUCCGAGGCGGCCGUAUCGAUCACCAUCACCUCCGUGACCGAUAUGAUCUCGUUCUGGAUCGGAAUCGUUAGCCCGUUCCCCUCGGUGCGGAUCUUCUGUACCUACAGUGGCUUUGCCGUGUGCUUCACCUUCCUGUGGCAUGUGACAUUCUUCGCCGGAUGUAUGGCUAUUUCCGGAUACUGCGAGCUCAAAAAUCGUCACGGCUUGUUCGGCUACAAGGUGAUCCCGGAGUCGGUCGCUAUUAAAGAAAAUCGAUCAUGGCUGUACCGAAAACUGAACACCGGCGGAAUCAACCGGGACGAUCCGGACAACCCCAUCGACAACAAGGAGCACUUGCUGAUGAAGUUUUUCCGUGACACGAUGGCCGGCAUCCUGAACAAAGGCUGGGUCAAGGCCCUCAUCAUAGUGGUAUUUGCUGCCUACCUGGGUGGAGCCUGCUUCGGGCUUACCAAGAUCAAGGAAGGUCUCGAACGGCGCAAAUUGUCCAAGGCGGACUCGUACUCGGUGAAGUUCUUCGAUCUGGAAGAUGACUACUACCGGGAGUUCCCAUACCGAAUCCAGGUGAUCGUGACCGGAGAUUUGAACUACUCGGACCCGCACACGCAGAUGGAGAUCGAAGAUUUGAUGCAGUCCCUGGAGAAUACGUCGUAUAUCAGUUCGCCGCUCUACAGUGAAUCGUGGCUGCGAUCGUUUGUGGCAUAUGUUGAUCGGAACAAUGACUACCUGAACCUGACGCUGGAUAGCGAGGAGGCUUUCAUCGAAGCUUUAAAGGAGAUUUGGUUGUUCCCGGCGAAUCCGUUCUCACUGGAUGUGAAAUUCAGCGACGAUGGCAAACGGAUUGUGGCUUCCCGUUUCAUGGUUCAGGCGGUCAACAUCACCGACACUAAUCACGAAAAGGUCAUGGUGCAGGAUCUGCGGGCGAUUUGCAAGGCCUCGCCCCUGAAUGCGACCGUGUUCCAUCCGUACUUUGUAUUCUUCGAUCAGUUCGAACUGGUGCGUCCGACGUCGGUACAAUCGAUGGUGGUCGGUGCGCUGAUCAUGAUGUUAAUAUCGUUCAUCUUUAUACCGAAUUUCCUAUGCUCGCUGUGGGUUGCUUUCUCGAUCGUGAGCAUUGAGUUGGGGGUGGCAGGAUAUAUGAGUCUUUGGGAUGUGAAUCUGGAUUCGAUUUCCAUGAUCAACCUGAUAAUGUGCAUUGGGUUUUCUGUGGACUUCACGGCACAUAUUUGCUACACUUAUAUGUCGAGCAAAGGACGCACACCUGAUGAGAGGGUAAAGGAAGCAUUGUACGGGUUAGGAAUGCCUAUAGUGCAAGGAAGUGUUAGCACGAUUUUGGGGGUUAUGGGGCUUCUGUUGGCCGACAGUUAUAUAUUUUUGGUGUUCUUCAAAAUGGUGUUCUUGGUUAUUUUCUUCGGAGCAAUGCAUGGAUUGUUCCUAUUGCCAGUGCUUUUGUCUUUGUUUGGACCAGGAUCUUGUAGCUCUUACCCAGAAGAAGACAUGAAGUUGUCUCCCGUUGAGAAGUCCUAUCCACAUCCUUACUGCAUAUCGCAUCCUCAGUUGGCAUUGACAGGAGCGUUCGGUAGUAAAACCUUCUUAGGAGCACCCUACAAGGCAUAUGGCGAUGAGAAAGACCUAGGACUAGGUACCUCUGGAGAAGACUCCAGUGAAAGUUCAAGCAGCAAAUCGCAACGGAGACAAGCGAUCGAGGAUGCAAAUACCAAGAGACGGUAUGAGGAAGCUUGGAGAAGAUCUUCACAUAACUUGACCGGACAAAGUCAAUUCCAACCGGUGCUAGACCUAUACGGACAGGAUGCCGUGUGGACAAAACCAGUUCCGAAGGUACCAAUAAGGGUGAACAGCAAUCGGUAUGGAUUCGACGACAUGCUGAACGUUGCACAAGGACAAACGGCAGGGAAACAGAAAUACGAUUAUGAACCCGAUCGCGAUCGCCGGAAGUCAGAAGAGAACCGACCUCGCAAAGCACGUUACGAAGAUAACCGAACGUUCGAAAACGACGAGGUUGUGGACGAAGGGUACCAACACACAAACCGUUAUUACAUGUAUGACACAAGCCACGUGAAACGUCUAUCGAACGACAGCCAGAAUAGUGGCAGUGAUAGCAAUAAUAGCAAUUAUCGCCGAAAGUACUCCGACGAGAGUGACAACAAACAUCGACGACACAGCGAUGAGCGCCGUCCCCGAAAGUUCACCCCACCGGAGGGAAUCUACAAACAGAACCCGCACCGUUCGUCCUCGCAGCACAACCUGUACUACCCCCGACAACCGCCCCAACGGACCUCGUCCCAAAGCAGUUUGCAUCAACUACGGCACAUGGGUGACAUGAGAUUUCCUUGAAUGCUUAGGCGGAACCUGAGCUGUGUGUAAUAUGUAAUUGUGUAAACAAACGGUAGCCGCGGGUGGAUAUGUGUUUAGCAAACCUGUAGAGCAUUAAGUAGGCAAAUCAAUGAUAUUGAAACCCAGCCCUAACUCCACGAAUCCUCCCCUACCUAACUCUAGAGUCUGAACUACCCCAUUUCACGUCUGGGAUUAUUCUACAAGUAGAGUGGCGAGAAAGCUGUUGAUUUCUACUAUUAUUAUUAUUAUUACAAGAAUCGAUCAUGUCAAUUAAAGAAUUAAUUCGAUAAUGCUAACCUCUACUCGUAGAUUGAAACCCAUUUUUUUGCUCAAUGUUCAUUGUACAUGAAGUAUCUGUAUAAGCAUUAAUAAUUACUUUCUCGUCUGUAUUAUGGCGACGGUGAUAUGAUUUUUUCCGAAGUUACAUUAACGCAAGGUCUCUUUUUUCGGAGUGCCAUGUGGAUGUACGUUAAUCAGUUUCAACAAAAAUUAAAACUUACAAAUACUGAAAAUUCUUUAAAAAAAUAUUUUAGCUAAUAUGGAAACUGGUUCAUUGAUCUAAAAUGUGAAUCCAUUUCGGAAAAUGAUUCUCUGGAUUCUGACUAAUGGAAUUUCAGGAAAAUCAACCCACCCAAAACCUAUGUGGUAAAUCAGUAGCCGCACUUUAUUCUACGACUUUGUAAAUUUAGACUUUGUUCCCACUCUUCCUAGUUACAUAAAAUCUCAAACGAGUAAAAUGUAACAAUUUCUUGUUUCUUUCCUAACGUUAUUCAUGAUAAUCUGUGUAUUAUACCAAUUAACGGAAGAAGGUGAAAGUUAGAAUUUAUUAAAUUUAAAUAAUAUGUGUGUGAAAGCGUCCUGCCAUGGUUGAGUUUUUGUGGGUGAAUGACAACGAAUGUUAUCAAAUCAUUUAUUAUCUUCAUAUGUAUGUAUUUUCACACGAUACUGCUAUUCGCGACGUCAUCUAACUUAAUCUUCAUGUAAUAACUAUCUUGAUGUAAAGCUCAAUAUCGAAAGUUUAAGUGCGUGAAUAACUAGAGAAGCAUAGAGUGUUAUUUAAAUUAAUUUGUAGUAAGGCGUAGAGUUAAACUGGAAAAUAUGCUUAGAAAAGUGGAUCGAUUAUAUAGUUCUUAGUUGACAGCGGACAACGAAUCAAAAGACAAAAAAUGUGCGGAUGCAAGGGACACAGGAAGGAAGUCCAUUAUUGUCACAUCCCUUUAUAAUAACGUUAACAUUCUCUCCAAACAGCCUUUUUCGUUCCAUUGGGGAAAAAAUCUCAUCUUUCGCAAGUUUUGUAUAAAAAUAUUUUAGAAUUAAUAAAUAAAAAUAUACCAUCCAUGGAAAGCCUGAUAUUCUUUUGGUUACUGCUCACAAGCAAAAUUAAAUACCGAAUAUUUAAGGGAACCGUCGGGGUCAAAUCAAACUCCUACUAAAGCAUACAUUGAAUCUGAGGGACCUAACUUGGGUAGAACUAGAGCAAUAUACAUGUAUUCACGUAUACAACAGACUAAUUUAAUACCGAGGCCAAUAAAAUUUAUAAGAAAAAUAAA